AUGAACAUUAUUGGUAUUGCAGUUGGCGAUGGACGUUACCGUGGCCAUCUAGGCUUUAUGAAACGUCGAGCAGUAUAUGGCAAUAAAUUGGCCGCUUUUGCACAAAUUCACAUAGAGCUCGUAGAUGGUAGUAAAUUGACGUUCAUUACUAAUGAGCAAUGGAUUGCAGGGACAGGUCGUAUCACGGAAUCUGAUCCUAUAUACGGUGAGCGAGUCGAUAUGAACGUUUCUAACGAUGACUGGAUGACUGCACCUGAGCCACCUGCACGAUUUACUCCUGUUUGCAUUCUACCGCCAUCAUCUAGAAAGUUGGUUGCAGAGGAAGUCAAUCGUGUACGAGAAGUUGAACGGCUCCCAGCUAAGCGCAUACUAUCUUCUCCCUCUGGCAAGCAAAUCAUCGAUUUCGGCCAAAAUCUAGCUGGCUACGUGAACAUUAAGUUGACUGGUACUAAAGGUACCAAGAUCCGUCUAACGCAUAGCGAAGUUGUUGGACAGGACGGAGAACUUGACACAAAUUAUCUUGUUCCACUGACAUGGCUCCUAAAACCGACAGCUGAAUACGAUGAAGUUUUACUUUCCGGCGAGUUAUGUUGGUUUCAUACUUGGUUUACAAUCCAUGGAUUUCGUUAUGUUGAGAUUGAUGGGCUCGACUACAAGCUGGAGCUUGAUGAUGCGCAAGCAAUUGUACUCUCUUCGGAUCUUUUGCCGGUUGGUACCUUUGAAUGUUCAGAUUCACGACUUAAUCACUUGCAUCGUAAUGUCUUUUGGAGCAUGCGUUCAAAUUUCACUGAUACACCUACCGAUUGUCCUACCCGUGAGCGUUCAGGAUGGACGGGUGAUAUUCAGGUAUUCUCACCUACUGCAACAAAAUAUGUUGAUUCACAAGCAUACCUUAGGCGAUAUCUUCGUAACCUUGCACUGGAGCAGUUUCCCGAUGGCAGAGUACCACCGAUUAUUCCAAGCGAAAGUUCGGACUUCUCUGGUGGUAUGUCUAGGUUUUUCAGCUAUGUGUCGAAUUCUACAGGAUGGGGAGAUGCUUCGGUCUUCAUUCCAUGGACUCUUUAUCGAUACUACGGAGAUCGAAUCGUGCUUGAACGCCAGUACGAGUCAUGCCGACGAUGGGUGGAUCAUCUAGAGCAUGAAGCCAGAAACAAUCGCGGGCGAAGUCGUUGGUUUGCUAGAGAUCUUGGAGAUCUUGAGAAUUAUGUUAUAGAUAGCGGUUUUCAUUGGGGUGAAUGGUUGCGACCAGGUGAAGGAAUCACGUCAAUUUUUUGGUCUGCACUCAUUCCCAAAGCAGUUGUUGCUACGGCGUAUUUUGCGCAGUCGUCUUACUUACUCUCCGAGAUUGCUAGAAUUCUUGGUGAUGAACAGAAUGCUUCUCGUUAUGCUAAGUUGUCAGAGAAGGUUCGCACGGUCUGGCGAGCUACAUUUGUUCAAGAUGAUGGUCGUCGUAUAGGUGAAGAUAAACAAGACGACUAUGUUCGUGCGUUAGCCUUCAAUCUUAUCACAGUAGAUCAGCGUCAGGCCGCUCUCAAUCGCCUAGUUGAACUCAUCGAGCAGAAUGAUAAUCAUCUUGGAACAGGAUUCUUGAGUACAGGUAUGCUGACUCAUGUACUCGCAGAAAACGGUCGUCCAGAUAUUGCAAUAACUUUGCUCUUGCAAGACACUCAACCGUCUUGGCUGUCACAAAUUGAACGAGGUGCUACAACAAUAUGGGAAACCUGGGAAGGAUACGACAAACAUGGAAAGGCUUUGGCGUCACAAAAUCACUAUAGUUUAGGAGCUGUUACUGGAUGGUUUCAAGAAGGUAUUGCCGGAUUAGUACCGAUUGCUCCUGGUUACCGUCGUUUCCGUGUAGCACCACUCGUUACCAGCAGCCUUACACAUGCUACAGCUACUAUUGAAACUCCAUUCGGUUAUGCAAAGGCUGCCUGGCGUGUUACAGAUGAUGUUGUGAAGCUUGAGGUGAUUGUGCCACCUGGUACAAGUGCCGAUAUUUAUUUAGGUAAUGGUUGCAAUGAACAAGUUGGAUCCGGUACACAUCAUUUUGAGUGGAAACACUAA